GGAAAAAGGGCACUAUUGCUCAAGCGUAAAACUACGUCGAUGAAAUUCUUUCCAAACGAAAACCAAGGCAAACUUGUGACAGCAGAGCCUAGGUAGUGCUACUGCGGAGAGUCAAGAUGUCGGAAGACAAGCGAAGAGGGGAAGAAGUAGAAGAUGGCGGGCCUGGUCUUGUCUACAUGCCAUUUGUCGUCAUGGAAGAAUUCCUAGACAAACUCAGAUUACUGAAUUAUGAGAAGGAGUUUUCCCGUGUACUUAAUAUGAAACCAAUAUCAAGACAUUACUUCGCCAUACCAACAAACCCAGGGGAACAGUUCUUCAUGUUUACCUCACUGUCGGCUUGGCUGCUGAGGAAGGCUGGCAAGAGUUUUGAACAACCACAGGAAUACGAUGAUCCCAAUGCCACGAUAUCAAGUAUAUUGGAGGAAGUCAGAAAACUGGGACACCAGAUAGACUUUCCACCGUCCAAACUUAAGCAGGGCUGUGGAGAGCAUGCAAUUUAUGUCCUCACCAGACUUGCAGACGAGGCCCUCAAGUCUACAAAUUUCUCCUGGGAAAAACCAGAGUACCCUACAGAGGAGACGGAGGAGGAGACAGUGAUAGAAGAUGAUGCUGAGCUGACUCUAGGAGAAGUGGAGAAAAACUUCUUUCAGUAUAUGCAGCAGUCGCAACAUGGUGAUGAUGAAGAUGAGUUUGAGGAGGAAGAACAGAUCAUGGAUUUAGAAGGACUGAAGCGUCUCGGCCAGAGUAAGCAAGCUAAUGAGAGUACCAAACCAGAUGAUAUUCUGGAAUCAACGACAGAUGCUGCCGACUGGAAGCUAGAGGUGGAGCGUGUCCAGCCCCAGCUGAAGGUCACCAUACGUACAGAUAACAAGGACUGGAGAGUACAUGUAGAACAGAUGCACCAACACAAAGACGGUAUAGAGUCGUCGCUGACAGAAACUAAGACCCACUUAGACAAACUCCACGACGAAAUCACUCGCACCAUGGAAAAGAUCUCCAGCCGAGAAAAGUACAUUAACACCCAGCUGGAGCAUUUGUUGGUGCAGUUCAGGGCAGAGCAGGAACAGUUAUCGGAGACAAAGGAGCGGUAUAGGCAGGCUAGUGGGGGUGUCACAGAAAGGUCAAGGAUGUUAGCUGAGGUAUCGGAGGAACUGGAACAAAUUAAACAGGAUAUGGAGGAGCGAGGCAGCAGCAUGACAGACGGAGCUCCACUGGUGAAGAUCAAACAGGCCAUCCAGCAGCUGAAGAAGGAAAACAUGCAGAUGGAGAUACGGAUGGGUGUGGUGGAACACGUGCUGUUACAGGCCAAGCUCAAGGACAAAGCCUCACAGAACAAACAGCUCCACAGCAACACCACAGCCAAUCAAGACAAGUUUGACUACAGCACAUACUAGAUACAGCCAACCAGGGCACUUGUUACAUCAGAUCUUUCUGCAGUGAAUCAGGACGGGUACUAAAUACACCCAGUCAGGAAUUCAGAUGAGGAAAGGAUAAGUUUGUAUUGUGUUAUUUACUAUAACCAAUAAAAGGACAUGUUAUGUCAGAGAUUAAGAAAAGUUCUCAAGCUUUUGUUGAUUGCGAUGAUAAUGCAUUUCAAAUAUAGCUAGUCCAAUGACCUGUUGUAACUGCAUGGAUUCACUACAGCCAAUCAGAACUUGUAUUACAACAAUUAAGUUCUGGAAAAAAUGUGCGUCUUUAAUCCUUUCACCCCUAUGUAACUUUAGUAGACUCUACCAUGCAUUAAUCUAGAUGAGUUCAUUAUGGUCUAUAGUGGUGAAAGGGUUAAGUUCAUUAAUUGUAAUUAACAUACAGAAAGCUUCUAAUUGAUUCAUAGAACCAUAUAGAAAACUAACUUUCGAAUUGUCAAAGGUUCACUGUACAAACAUAAGACUUGUGUGUUCAGUAGCAGCUCUAACCUGACUCUCCUGUAAUGAAAAUGACUGAGUGUUGUUUUGAAUGAGUGUUACUUCUGUGGUAUGAGAGAGGUGUGUUAGGGGAGAGAAGUACAGACGCCUGUCCCAGGUUUAUAACUACAUUGUCAUGCUAUGAGCACUGUGAUAACAAGGAUGUGCUUUAUUUAAUUAUCCGUCCAACAUUCCAAUGUGAAGUUGUCAUAUUAAUUAUUGACAGCAUUUUGUGUUGUAUAUAAUAUUUAUUUUAUUUUUUAUUUUUUUGUAAAGCUCAGUAAAUUAUGAACUUGUAAGGAUAUUUUCUACCAUAUUAUUGUUAUAUGAAUCUCCUAAGGAAAAUAGUUUCAUCUGAUGGACCUGUAAAAUGGUUGUUUAUGAUUGGAUAUUCAGAUUAAUUAAAUGAUGAUAGAUGUAACAGGUACAAAAUGAUACAUGCACAGCUUUUAGUGUAGUAGUAAUUACAAACAAAUGUGUUUAAGGGAGAUAACUCAGGGUAGCAUACAUCCUGAACACAUAUCGCUGUUAUAAUUUGAAGUGUAGCAUACUUCUUAAACUCGAAAAAUCACUGUUUUAAUGUGCAGUGUACAUGUAGCAUACAUCCUGAACUGUUAUUGUGCUAAAUUUUCUCAAUAGGUGAUUUAUUAAAUAACACAUGUUAAUGUAAAAUGUCUUUUUUAUCAGAUGAUCUUUCAAUAAAAUGAAGGUAGGAA